CACGGAAGUAGCUUCUCUGCAGCCUCGGCUUCCGCCUCAUGUUUCUAUAAAGGCUCGCAGGCUCUGCGGCAGGACUCGAACCCUCCACAGCAGAGGACUGACCGGGUGUGUGAGCAGAGGACUGACCGGAAGUCAGCGUCACAGACCGGGAUGGACAAGUGGCUGAUGCUGGCGGUGGCUCUGGCUCUGGUCCUGGAUCAGGUGACCUGCAGAAAGGUCACUAAGGCUCAGAUUAUGGGGUUCGACUGGAAGAACUGUGGGAAGCCCGACGCCCCGGCGGUCCUGAGCGCCCUGGCCGUGGCGCCGGACCCCAUCACCAUCCCAGGGGAGCUGACCGCCUCCGCCUCCGGGGCCACCACCGUGGAGCUGGCCUCGCCUCUGUCUGUGACUGUGACCAUGGAGAAGGAGGUGGCCGGCUUCUGGGUGAAGAUCCCCUGUGUGGAGGAGAUCGGCAGCUGCCACUACCCGGACAUCUGUGAUAUUCUGAGCCAGCUGAUCCCACCGGGUCAGGACUGUCCGGAGCCGCUGCACACGUACGGACUGCCCUGCCGCUGCCCCUUCAAAGCCGGUUCGUACUCGCUCCCUCAGUCCGACUUCUCCCUGCCGGACAUGGACCUGCCGUACUGGCUGACCAACGGGGACUACCGGGUGCAGGGCGUCCUGAGCAGCAAGGCGGGGGAGCUGGGCUGCCUCAAGGUGGCGCUGUCCCUUCACUCCACCUGAACAACCACACGGACCGACACAAGGUUUUUCUUUGUGUGUUUAUUUGCAUGUACAAGAAGAAAAUUUGGAAGUGAAAGCAGAAGUUGCACAAAGUCCUGAAACUGGUCAAACAAGACACCAGACACGUGUUAGACAUUAACCUUCAGAAUAACAAGCGUUUGUAAAGUCCAACCACGACAAAUAUGGUACGGAGAUUAUUUUUUUAUGCACAAAGACAAGUUUCUCCAGUUUGUUUACAUUCAUCUGAGCCAUCAAACAUUUUUAUUAACCAGUAAAAGCUUCGUCUAUUUUCUACAGACACAAAAAUCCAUUCAGCAGCUGAACUUUAAGUCACACAUUUCAAAAGCUGAGGAAAUAAUUAGUAUUUCAUGUUUUCUUAAUUUCUCCAAGAAAUAAAAUCUGGAGCCGAUUCAAAGUAACAGGAGGUUUAAAAUAUUUGUGAGUCAACAUGAAGCCAAAGCUCAGAGGAAUCUAACGGUUUCUGUCUGAUCUGCCUUUUGCACAGGAUGAAUUAUCUAUUAUGCCAAAAACUGAGAAAAAGAUUUCAACUCUCCAGGCAUGAGCCUAAUAAAUUAAUACUUUUCAAAAUGCCCAAUACAUAGUUCAUAUAGUAGUAGAUCUAAACAUUUCAAUGAAUAAUCAGAUUUUUACAUUUUGAUCAGAGUGAGAAACAUAAAUUCUGAAAACAGAAAUCGUCAGGAGCCCAGAAAGGUCAAGAGGAAGUUGAAAAGUUGAAGAAAUUAAUAAUGAGAAGUUUGAACAAGGGACAAAAAGUCAAAGGGAACCAAAACAAAAAACAAACCUUUAUCUAAAGAUUUAAAUUUUUGUCCUCUUCUGGAUUUGAAACCUCUUGGUUUUAUUCUGUGAAGUCGCAGUUUCACAUCCUUGUUUUCAGAUCCUCUUCUUCCGCAUGAAUUAUCUCUAUGGUUAGAAAAUAAGUUGUUUCUGAUCCUGUUUGAUUCUUUGGCCUCAACGUGAUUUGAAUAAUAUAUCGUAGGAGUAACAUGCGAUACUGAGGUACGGCCAGGAGAGGGCGAUAUUCUCAUGUUUGAACCACGGGUCCUUUCUGCUGCAGCUCAGUCACAUUAAAUCAAACUUUUAUUUCUUCACUCUCACUUUUCACUGAGAAGAAACAGAACAAAAACAUUUAUUUGAAAUAACGAACUUCCUCAGAAUUCAAAUGUGUCAAAGUGUUUUUUUUAAACAUUGAUUUUCUCGCUGUAAAACCUUUAAUUUGUCAAUUUUUAUCAAACGUAGUAGUUCUGUUGUUUUCUUGUGAUUAAAUCAUUAAAAAAAACUUUCAUAUGUUCCUUUGAGCUUUUUCAUCUGAAGGUGAAGUUAAGAACUUCUUUACUUAAUCGGUUGCAAUCAGGUAUUUAAGAAUUAUCUUAUUUGAAUGUGUUUUAAUUUAAUUUUAGAUUUCCUUUUGUACCGAGUGCCUGGUUCGAUGCUGUCGUCAAUUUCAGUGCAACUUUGUAGAUUCUUUACUAGAGAAUAAAAUUAUGAGUUAACGUUUAUUUGUUAGUUAAUGAUGAUUUUAAAUCACUUGUUUUUCUACUGUGCUGAUGACAAAUAUUGUACUGAUUUUAAUAAACUCAAUGACAGAA